UGGCGCAAUUUUAGGUUUUGGAGGGAAACUGCAUCUAGUGAAAAAUCGUGGCCAGUUGUAAUUUGAGCAGUGCGCUGGCACGACGUGGUGACCGAUAAAAGAUUUAACAAGAACAGUGAUUAAUAGUCAGACGUGCCCAUUUGCCAACUAAGCAAAGGGUGCUAAAAAACCAUAUUGCAAACUGCAUCUUCAAUUAGGCAUAAAUAAACACAAAAAACAAUGGCCCAGCCAUCUGUAGCUGCAUUUUUCACCAACCGCAAACGCGCCGCUUUGGAUGAUGCUACCGCUAUCAAGAACAGGCGUUUGGCGGAACCCGCCGAAAGUGCCUCUCCCGCUCCCUCACAACAGCCCGCCGGCGACCAGGAUGCGGACUUGGACACCCUGAAGGCGGCGGCCAGCGGCAUGCGCACCCGAUCCGGACGCACUGCCCGCUUGAUCGUCACCGCCAUCCAGGAGAGCAAAAAUAAAAGGACCCCAGGUGGCACAAAAAUGGAUGCCAACAUCAAGCAGCCGAAGCUGGUGCAGUUCAUCAAGAAGGGCACUCUAUCGCCCAGGAAACAGGCACAGUCCAGCAAGUUGGACGAGGAGGAGCUGCAGCAGUCGUCGACCAUCAGUGAGCUGACCCCCAAGUUGAACUUCACCAUAACCAACCAGCAGAAUGCGGAUAAUGUGCAGCGCGGCCUGCGCACGCCCACCAAACAGAUCCUCAAGCACGCCUCGCCCAUUAAGGCCAGCGGAGUGGAUCUGCGCCGCCAGCUCACCUUCGAUGAAGUCAAGACCAAGGUCUCGAGGAGCGCCAAGCUGCAGGAGCUCAAGGCGGUGCUGGCCAGGAAGGCGGCCCUCGAGCAGAAGCGCAAGGAGCAGGAGGAGCGCAACCGGAAACUCCGAGAGGCUGGCCCCUCCCCCUCGAAGUCCAAGAUGAGCGUGCAGCUCAAGGAGUUCGACACCAUCGAACUGGAGGUGCUAACAAGCCCCCUCAAGACCUUCAAGACACCCACAAAACUACCUCCUCCCACCCCGGACAAACAUGAGCUCAUGUCGCCGCGUCACACUGACGUCUCCAAGCGUCUGCUCUACAGUCCGGUCAAGAAUGGAUCACCCGUCAAGCUGGUGGAGGUGCCAGCAUACAAGCGAUACGCCAAUCUGGUGGAGGGAUCGCGCGCCGGACAAUUGCCAUUGCCGUACAAAUACCGCCACUUGCUGGACGUGUUCAAGGGACUCGAUUCCGUGGUGGCCAUGUUCCACAACCGCAAAGAGACCAUCACCUACAAGAAGCUGAAGCCGGCGGUGCAGCGCAUGCUGCGCAGGAACUUCACGGAGUCCCAUUUGGCUCAGAUCAGGCACGUCUAUCCGGAGGCCUUCAUCUUCAGCCAGAUGAAGACGCGCAACUUUGGAUCCGUAUCCAAGGCGGACUAUUUCCAACUGGUCAUCAGUCCUAAUGUGGAACCGCUGCCCGAGCAGGAGCAAUCGGAGAAACCACAGCGCUUCGGCAAGAUCAACGAGGACGAUGUGCUCGCGUCGGCCCAGUCGACGUCCAUGAAUCCACACGUCAUGACGGCUCGCAUGCAUCGCUUCCAGAGCCUUCUGCUCGAUCGGGUGAUGCGGGCACAUAACCAGUUCUUGCGCUCCCAGGAUCCACCGAUCAUUAUCGAUAAGGCACUGACCCGCUGGCAUCCGCAGUUCGAUCUGGAGAGCUGCCCGGAGGUGGAAAUGGCCGCGCUGCCACAGCCCCCGAAUGUGGAGAAGUACUCCUCGGCCAAGGACAUUCUGUCCACGGCUAGGAAUCUUUUUAACUGCGCAACGCCCAUGGAGCGAGCCAUGGAUCGCUAUGAGGCCAAGUUGGAGGCGGAUAAGCAGGCAGCUGAAGACAACAAAAAGACAGAGGAACAGCCGCCAAGAGUGGCCACCAAGACAAGUACUGGAACUCAAGCCAUUGAGGAGGUGCCUGGAAAUUCAGGAGUUUCAGAAAAGCCAACUUCAACUGAAACCACCGACCAAACAGCAACUGCAAAGCCAACGGUGAAGGAGUGCACUGCCCCAGAUGCUGGCUCCAAUUUGCUGAAGGGACUGCCCAAGUCGCUGAUCGAGAAGAUUCGGGCCAAGCAGGCAGCCAAGGCUCUGGAGGCAAUGACCCGGCGACCCUCGCAGGAUCAGGAGGCCACCAAGUACUCACGUUUGCCGGAACUGGCCAGGCACCUGCGAAAUGUUUUCGUCACCGAACGGAAAGGAGUGCUCACCCUGGAAGUAAUCAUCAAGAAGAUCCAGAACAGCUUCCGGGCCAACCUUACACCGCAGGAAAUCGAGGCGCACCUUAAGCUCCUGGCCAAGGAGCUGCCCAGCUGGGCAUCCUUCCAUGAAGUGCGCAAGACCAUGUACCUAAAGGUGGCCAAGGACAUGGACAUGAACAAGAUCAUCGAGAAGCUGGAGAGUGUGGCGAACGCGAAGAGCAAUUAAUUCGGAUACACGGAAACGCAACCAGGACGCGGGACCCCGUCGAGCAAUGACCCUGUGGCUUCAUCCAGCUAUAUCUUUAAGAACUUAAUUAACUAGCUAGCCAAUACUUUACAAAUUAACCAGAUUAUGCUAAGCUCUUUUUGUUCCCAUUAUUAUGACACUUCCAAAUCUAUCAAGCACCUUGACAACCAGGAUCGGAUUCAUCACAUUUACCCAAGCAAUCAUUAUAACUAUACUAUUUGGACCAAGCGUUUAUACAUUUAUAUUUUGUAGUUUUAAGAUCAUUUUUCAUGUUGUACCACGUUGAAUAAAUAAAUAUUUUUGCUGAAAAAUAA